CAAAAAAGCAAACACUUUUCACCCACAUUACCCAGCCAUGGCGCACCGCUUCCGCUGCGCACCCCUAGCGCGCUCUAUCUCCUCCGCCUCCUCGUCCUCUACUGCGCCCGUCCUCUGGCAAACCCCAACCCAACCGUCCUCCACUCUACAGAUCCUCUCCUGGGGCAGGGGCAGCUCCGGCCAGCUCGGUGGCGGCAUCGAAGAGAUCCGAUUCUACCCCACGCCCCUGGCCUCUCUCCUCCUCCCUCCCAAUUUCCGCCUCGCCCCUGUCUCCGGCCGUCUCCCGGACGCCGGCGCCUCGUCAUCGCCCGUCGAGGUUGGCAUUUCCUGCGGUCUUUUCCACUCGUCCGUGCUUGUAGAUGGCAGGUUCUGGGUCUGGGGUAAGGGCGAUGGAGGCAGGCUCGGCCUCGGCCAUGAAAAUUCUGUCUUUGUCCCCACUCAAAACCCUAAUCUUGACGGUGUGAGGAUCAUUGCUCUCGGUGGGCUCCAUUCGGUUGCUCUUACUUCCCAUGGCGAUGUCUUCACAUGGGGUUAUGGUGGAUUUGGUGCUCUUGGCCAUUCUGUUUAUCAUAGGGAAUUGCUGCCAAGGCUCGUGAAAGGUGCUUGGAAUGGGAAAAUAUCUCAUCUUGCAACUAGUGGAACUCAUACUGCAGCUGUUGCUGACUCAGGCGAACUUUAUACUUGGGGUCGAGAUGAGGGGGAUGGUAGACUGGGCCUUGGUGCCGGUGGUGGCCCAGAUGAGACGGGUGCUCUUGGCACUCCUUCUAGAGUACAUGCCUUACCUGUGCCUGUUGUGGCUGUUUCUUGUGGUGGUUUUUUCACAAUGGCGUUGACUUCAGAGGGGAAGCUUUGGAGUUGGGGAGCAAACUCCAACUUUGAACUAGGUAGGGGCGAUAAAGUCAGUGACUGGAGACCACAACCAGUUCCCAGCCUCCAAGAUGAUCGUAUUAUUCAAAUAGCAAGUGGCGGUUAUCAUUCUCUUGCAUUAACUGAUCAGGGUAAAGUCCUUUCUUGGGGCCAUGGGGGUCAGGGUCAGUUGGGUCAUUCUUCUUUACAGAAUCAGAAGGUUCCAGCAGUGAUUGAGGCUUUAGCAGAGGAACACAUUGUCUAUAUUGCAUGUGGAGGUUCAUCAUCAGCUGCUAUCACUGAUAAAGGGAAGUUAUACAUGUGGGGGAAUGCAAGAGAUUGCCAACUUGGCGUUCCUGGGCUGCCAGAAGCACAGACUUCACCCAUUGAAGUUAAAUUCCUGAUGGACGAUGAGGAAUUGGGCCCCCAUCAUGUGCUUUCGGUUACGGUUGGUGCAUCUCAUGCCAUGUGCUUGGUCUCAAGGACGCCCGGAUCUCAGAUCUGAAAUUCAUUUACCAAUUGCCAGCAAGCUGCAUGCAGUUGCAAUCAAGAAGCUGAGGCUCUCUGGAGGAUUUGCAUCUCCUACUCAGAAGAGCAUGUCAAAGUGCAGAUGGAGGAGACAUGAGAUUUUGAGGUGGUGGGCCAUAGCACAGCUCAGUAGUUUUUCCAAGGGAUUACAGCUAGAAAGGAAAAGGUUGGCUGCCAAUGCACCGUAUUCAUCCAUUAAUGUGCAGAAUGGCUUAUGGUGCAUUUGGAUGCAUCCAUAAUUACAAGCGGAACGAUUGGUUAUCCUCUCCACUAUGUGUUUGGGGCAGCAUGGAAAACAUAACUGCAUAAUCUGGUGUGGCAUUUUCUGCUUGAAAUCAAUAAGACCUGAAGUGUUUUUGAAAUCGAUUUGAGUGUGAAAACCAUCCACAUGCUUGACCUUUCUGGGACAUCCAAAUGCAGCGUUGAACAGGUUGUGCCGACCAAGGAACUGGAUUAAAGCAGCAGCUAAGUGCAAAGGUGCAACUGCCCGUGGUAAUACCACCUGGUUAAAUUUAGUUUUCAUGAGCUGAGUUUGAAGUUUCUUGGAUGCUGAUACUUGGCAAGAUGCUUAACCAAACACCAGUGGAACAUGUAGAGUAAGCUUUCAUGGCUCUGCAUUUUCUUUUC